AUGAAUUCUACCAUUUAAAUAAUAGAUUUAUAGUCUCCUACAUCAACAAUUUAAUAAUAAAGUGAAGGGGAGAUUAACGAAAAUGUAAAGAUGAAAUCUGAUUCCAUAAUUGCUAAUUAAGGAAAAACAAAAGAAAAGUUUCCUGAAAUAUCUGUAAGUGUAUUAGAUGAAGCAAUUAAGUAAGAUAUUCUACCAUAGUAAUACAGAGACAAACUGAUAAUAAAUCCAAAUAAAUAUUCAGCUUUUUUUGCAGACUUUAAUCUUAAUUCUCCAUUAACAAAGAGAGCAUUAAAAAAUUUAAAAAUAGAAGAGUCCGAAGCAAAAACUCUUACAUAUUAUGAGUUUUCUUCAUAAUCAUUCAGUACUCUAAAAAACAUAGUGAGUUAUUUAUACUAUUUAACAGAGCAUUACAACAAGCUAAAAAUGAUUAUUAACGAACGUAAUAGAUUAAAAAAAGAGCAGAAUAACAUGACUGCUUUGAGGAAUAGUAAUAAAUUCAAUUAUCUGCACUUAGGCAUAAAUGAGAACAUCAGCGAAUACAAUGAUGAGAUAUCUGGUUGGGGAACAACAACUACAGAUCCAAAUAGCAGAAGUAAAAUUUUGAAUAGCUCAAAAAUGAAUAAAAGCACGAGUUAUCUUUUGGAGAAAUCAAGAAUGCAUAAGACCAUAGAUGAAAAAAAGAAUAACAGCAUACAAAAAUAUGGAAAAUAUGGCUAGGUUGUUGACUUUGUAAAAGGAUAAUAAAUACACGAAGUUGUCUAGUAAAAAAAAUAUCAGGAAGAAAAUAUCUUGGAAAUAGAAAGAAAAAUAGCUUAAAGGAAGAUUUAGCUCUAAAAAGAAACUGAACUGAAAGCUAAAGAAUUAGGUUUAAAAAUUAAGAAUGCUCAAGAAAAAGUUAAAAGAUUUCAAGAGAAAUAGGAGAUGAUGAUUGAGAAGAAAUUGCUUGAUGUUGAUGCAACUGGAGAAAAGUACGAAGAAUUGAAAAGGAAAAGAGAAGAAAAGAGACAAUUGGAUUUGGUUAGAAUUAGAGAGUAAAAAAAGCAUCAAAUAACUGAAAUAAUGAAAAAAAGAGAGUAAAAAGAUUAAGAAGAACAACUGAAAAGAUUGUAACUCAUUUAGUAGAUUGAAAAAAAAGAGAUAACAGCUGAGAACAAUGUCAGAAGAUAAAAAAUAGUCCUAGGUUAAAAAUUUCAUAGUUUAAAUUAGAAGUACGAUGAGACUAUUUCUAAUUCGAUGUGUUUAAAGGAGAAUGAUGGCAAUUAAAACAUUUAAAAGCUUUGUGAAAAUGAGCUUAAAAGAAUUUAAAAAACAGAAGAGAGAGAUAAGGCCUUGAGAAAAUCAAUAAAAGUAAAGCAAGAAACCUUUCAAAAGAGAUUAGAUAAAAUAUAAAAGUUCAUGGAGAAUAACUAAGCUAAGAGUGAAAACAAAAUUGACAAACUCAAAGACAAGUUAUAGAGUAAAUUCAACAGAGUUGAAAAAGUAAAUGAUAGUAGACAAGAAAGAUCUUCAUAGUUAAUGGCUUCUAAUUCUUUCCGCUAGAAAAAGGCUCAUAAGAAUUUGGCUAAUGAGCUAUACAAAUAUGCUCUGCUUUAAGAUAAUGUAGUCAGAAAACACACAGAUAUUGAUAAUCGUAAUAGAAACAAUAGUAAUUCUUAGGGUGAAUUUUUCGAAUUGAAUCGCUCUUUGAGUGUAGAUUUGUUUUUUAAGAGAGAGGAUUAAUUCAAUUCUAUUAAGUGA